GGGAAAUUCAGAUUAGUCACAAAGAAGUUCCCCGCCUGCCUGCAAAAGUUGCAGUGUUAAAACUGAGAGAGUCCGCUGUGCUCUUUCAAUCGCCUUUUAUCUCUGGUCCUGGGACCUUUGCCUAUUCUGAUUGAUAGGCUUUGUUUUGCCUUUAUCUUCUCCUUUGUGGGGAAGACUAACGUCUUCCCCCAGGUUUCCCUUUGCCGCAUCUUCAUCUUCCCUGCAUCUGGAUUGUGAAGAUGGAAGGGGUCCAACCCCUGGACGAGAAUGUGGGAAACACACCCAGGCCAAGAUUCGAAAAGAACAAGCUAUUGCUGGUGGCCUCUGCAAUCCAGGGGCUGGGGCUGCUCCUGUGCCUCACAUACAUCUGCCUGCACUUGUUUGCUCCUCAGGUGCCCCCUCCAAUUCAAAGUAUCAAAGUACAGUUUACCAAGUAUGAGAAGGAGAAAGGUUUCAUCCUCACAUCCCAAAACAAGGAUGAUGUCAUGAAGGUGCAAAACAACUCAAUCGUCAUCAACUGCGAUGGGUUUUAUCUCAUCUCCCUGAAGGCCUACUUCUCCCAGGAGGUCAACGUCAGCCUUCACUACCGGAAGGGCCAGAGACCCCUCCUGGUCCUGAGCCAGAUCAGGUCUGUCGACUCCAUCAUGGUGGCCUCACUGGCUUACAAAGACAAAGUCUACUUGAAUGUGACCACGCACAGUUCCUUCCCCGACAGCCUCCAUGCCAAUGGUGGGGAACUGAUUCUCAUCCAUCAAAAUCCUGGUGAAUUCUGCGCGCACUGAGGGUCUGAUGACAGCACCUUAAACCAGGCACCAGCAUGAGCACCAUGCUGGGGUGGACAGGACGUGGACUCUUCCUUGCGAGUGAAGGAGUUGCCCCAGCUCAGCCACGUGGGAUGUGACCAGAAGCAGAUCCUGCCCACGCCCCCACCCCCUCAGGGAUAUUUAAAACUUGUCUUGCAUACUACUUAACCUUAUUUAUCCUUAUAUCUUAUAAAUUACCUAACCCACCUCCCCCAUGACUGCCUCAAGCCCACCAGGCACCUUUGUGAGAGAGAGAAGAUAGGGGCCUCUUUUUAAAGACACGUUGUUUCUAUUGGUCAGGUAACUGUCAUAAUAAACUUAUGUCACUGAAAAUGGCACUUGACUACCAUUUGCUGGGAAUUUGACAUGUGUGUGGCAUUGUCAAAAUGAAGAGGAGCAAGGAGGGGUGGUUCGAGCCCCUGGGAGCCAAGCUGCCUCUCCAAGGUUCGUUGGUUGCAGUUUGCAUGUUGCCUAGAUCUAAACCCCCCCAUCGGGUGGGAGUUCAAAAGGAAAAUCAGCUUGUGAGCAUCAGGAGUUGAAGGUAGUUGUCCAAGAAAUACUGCGCACUCUGGGCUUUUUUCUUUACGACUUUGCUUUCCUGGCCUCCAAACAUACUUAAUAGAAAUUUCCCUUCAAAGAACCUUCCUGGGGAAAUCGUGCUGUGAGAAAUCUAAUGAGUCACUUAAGGAAAACCGAGAGAGAUUUCUCUAUACAGGGAGAGUGAGAUGAUUUAUUGCGAGGCUUAUCUUUAUUGCGCAGAAUAGCAGCGAGCUGGACCUGCCAGGGUAAAAGGCAGGAUUUUAACAGUCUAGGGAGGAGAACACAUUCUUUGCCACAGACAGGCAAAGCACACCCGCUCAUCCUCCGCCUGUGCUGAGGCGCACACUCGGCUCUGUGUCUUGUACACACACGCCACAUUGCCGGUUCCAAGAAAUGAAGUGACUCUAUUAUCAAAUACAAUGUGUUGUCCAAUAGCUCUAAGCAGCUAUUGUGCCUGAUGAAAAAUAAUGAUCCCUCUGUUUAGAAAUACCACAAUAUCACCUAUGAUCUCACAAUGACAACCGAAACUAGAAGGACCUAAGACCAGCCAAUACCCAGGCUUCGAGAGAAAAGGAUUUUCUUAUGUUUAGUUUAAAUGUACCCCCUUAAUUUGAUAUAAUGUAUCAAGCUUUUGGCAUUGUGGACAAAUGUGAUUUUUUUCAUGUCAAAUUUCCAGAUAAUUGGUAGCUUCUCUAUGCCAAAACUUUUAUAAACGUAAAUUUUUGAUAAUUUAACAAAAAAUUGUGGCACUGUUUCCAUUGCCAAUUUAAAUAGAGGACACGGUAUGUCAUAGACUCUUUCUGGAUGAUUCCCCACAGGAAUUGUUCUGUGCUGCAAUACGGUGAUUAUCUAUAGGACCUCCAGAGGUGGGGGACCGUUCACCCGUACACCAAAUGGUCUCCAUUCCAUUUGGAUUUUUUCUAUCUGUUUGAUACAGUUUUCUAUUUCCUCUUAAGUAUCUAUCUCCAACUACAUUCCAACCUCUCUAUUUUAAUCUGUUAUGGAAAGAAGCUAAAUAAAAUUGCUAAAUAAAGGAAAUUGUGCAUAAGGUAAGAGUAACUGAGCUCUGAAUGGCUGCCAAGCCACUCACACAAUUACAAUCGUGGCUAAACAUUUAUGAAGCACCUACUGUGGACCAGGCACUGGGCUAAAUGCUUUACAUGAAUUGUUUUAAGCAGGAUAUUCUGUGAUAUCUGUCUUGGCUACUCAUAAUAAGAUUUAUGUGUGUGUGUGUGUGUGUGUGUGUGUGUAGUUUACUUUUUUGUUUUUGACUAUGAUCUGCAAAGUUGUAGCUACUCAAGGAGUGAUAGCUGAAAAAAUAAAUGUUUAUGACUUUAAUAUUUAAAAAAAUGCAUGUGUACUUUUUUAAGUUUGGAAUGUCUGUCUAUAUUUCUCAUAGACGUGCAGUGCACAUGCCAGGGCUAAGCAUAAUUGUUGUGCAGGUUGCUUGUUUCCGGUGCCAUGGCCCUUCCUCACAGGUGGCCAAGUGGGUACACCUGGCCUGCUCGUCCCUUGCCGGCCUCCUUCAGCCACACAGCGAUAUUUCUGCCGUGCGCCAGUCUCCGUCCUCUGCCUUCCACCCAUCAAAAUGAAUGUCUGCUGUGUCUCCAUCCCUUUAAGUCCUGUCUUUCAAAGGAAUAGUUCAUCCUUCUCCAUACGUGGCAGAGUUUUGUGGAAAGAGAACUGAAUGAAAAGUCAGGAGAUCAGAAUUCUAAAUUUGAUUCAGUCAUUAAUUAGCCAAGUGACCUCAGGCAAAUAAUUCUCCAUUUCUGGAUCCUGCUUUCCUCUCUUGUGAAAUGAGGGGAAUGUUAAAUGCCUAACAGUUUAGACUCUUCUGCUUACAGUGUUAGCUGUGACUGCACAUGCGAAAUGUCUAUGUACUGGUUGCUAUGAGUCAGGAGAUGUAACCUUCUCUUUUACUAUAUGGAAUUUAUUUUUUCCUGGACAAGUUAACAUCUUCCCUCAACCUUUCUGUUGAUUCCUUAAAGAGCAGUUAUCAAUUACUACCUAGUAAUAUUCUAUUUAGAGAAUGCUUAAAAGAUUCCAAUUUUGAUCCAAAUCAUAAUUUGUUCUUAAUUAAGCAUACUGGGCAGGUCCCUUAUUUUAAGUCAUAAUUUAUAUUUAGUGCUUUUCUGGCUCUCAGAGAGUAUUAAUAUUGAUAUUAAUAAAAUAGGUAAUGAUAAUAUUAAUAUAUACAUGGAAACAAAUAAAAUGUCUCAGAAUUCA